CUUCCCGGGGCGGCGCGGGGUCCUGCAGCCCUAACUCGCUCUCCUUUUGUCUCUCUCCUCCAAGUCAAGUUCCUGGAAGUCAUCAAGCCCUUCUGUGUGAUCCUGCCCGAAAUCCAGAAGCCGGAGCGGAAGAUUCAGUUUAAGGAGAAAGUGCUAUGGACCGCUAUCACCCUCUUCAUCUUCUUGGUGUGCUGCCAGAUCCCCCUGUUUGGCAUCAUGUCUUCAGACUCAGCCGACCCUUUCUACUGGAUGAGAGUGAUCCUCGCCUCCAACAGAGGCACACUGAUGGAGCUGGGCAUCUCCCCCAUCGUCACCUCCGGCCUCAUCAUGCAGCUCUUGGCUGGUGCCAAAAUAAUUGAAGUUGGCGACACUCCAAAAGACCGAGCCCUCUUCAAUGGAGCCCAGAAGUUGUUCGGCAUGAUCAUUACCAUCGGCCAGUCCAUCGUGUAUGUGAUGACGGGCAUGUACGGAGACCCCUCCGAGAUGGGCGCUGGCAUCUGCCUGCUUAUCACCAUACAGCUCUUUGUCGCUGGCCUCAUCGUCCUGCUUCUGGACGAACUCCUGCAGAAGGGCUACGGCCUGGGCUCCGGGAUCUCCCUCUUCAUCGCCACCAACAUCUGCGAGACCAUCGUGUGGAAGGCGUUCAGCCCCACCACCGUCAACACCGGCCGAGGGAUGGAGUUUGAAGGCGCCAUCAUCGCCCUGUUCCACCUGCUGGCCACACGCACCGACAAGGUCCGAGCCCUGCGAGAGGCGUUCUACCGCCAGAAUCUCCCCAACCUCAUGAAUCUGAUCGCCACCAUCUUUGUCUUCGCAGUGGUCAUCUACUUCCAGGGCUUUCGCGUGGACCUGCCCAUCAAGUCGGCCCGCUACCGAGGCCAGUACAACACCUACCCCAUCAAGCUCUUCUACACAUCCAACAUCCCCAUCAUCCUGCAGUCCGCCCUGGUGUCCAACCUGUACGUCAUCUCCCAGAUGCUGUCUGCCCGCUUCAGUGGCAACCUGCUGGUCAGCCUGCUGGGCACCUGGUCUGACACUUCCUCUGGGGGCCCAGCGCGUGCUUAUCCAGUCGGUGGCCUCUGCUAUUACCUGUCCCCUCCGGAGUCUUUUGGCUCCGUCUUGGAAGACCCCGUCCACGCCGUGGUGUACAUAGUGUUCAUGCUGGGCUCUUGCGCCUUCUUCUCCAAAACGUGGAUCGAGGUCUCGGGCUCCUCUGCCAAGGAUGUUGCGAAGCAGCUGAAGGAGCAGCAGAUGGUGAUGCGGGGCCACCGAGAGACGUCCAUGGUCCAUGAACUCAACCGGUACAUCCCCACGGCCGCAGCCUUCGGCGGGCUGUGCAUCGGGGCCCUCUCCGUCCUGGCAGACUUCCUGGGCGCCAUUGGGUCUGGCACGGGGAUCCUGCUGGCGGUCACGAUCAUCUACCAGUACUUCGAGAUCUUUGUCAAGGAGCAGAGCGAGGUCGGCAGUAUGGGGGCCCUGCUGUUCUGAGCCUGGCUCCCGGAGCGGCGGGCACAGCGAAGCCUCAGCGCAGGGCACUGCUGCGGCGUGAGGACUUGGUUUCCUGACGCAUUUGAUCCUUUCAUUCCACUUCCUAAAGUGCUAGAAACUUUCCAGUUUGAAAUUUUGCUUUUUAUUCUGGCAUUGGCAUCCGGACUGUAGAAGAGAGGUCUUCUUCCGCUGACUGCCAGAGAUGGGGACGGGGGUGGCUCCCCGGGUCCGUGUAAGUUCUGUUUUGACCUUUGCACCUUCUCAGUGCUGUCGGCUACUGCAGUGGUCUCAGCCGUUUCCCCGGGGGACUGUCCUGCUGGUUAGAAGCACAAACAUUGCUGAAGGGUCUGCGGCUCGUGUGGCGGGAGGGUGAGAGGCAAGCAGAUCGUGUUUUCUGGGGCGAGUGGGCUUUUCGCCAGUGCGUCCCCUUCAAACCAGGGCGGGAACAUCUGGCUUAAAACUUUUUUUGAAAGACAUGGUUGUUUUCCCUUUUAAAAGUAAUUUUUCAGGAUAGCGCUUCUUCCAAAAGAGAGGGACGAAUUUCCAGAUGAUACUCUUGGGCCCUCGGUUUUUCUGCCUGUGCCCGUUGGCUGUCCAGUCGGGCUCUGGGGCCGAAAAGCAGCGCGGCGGCCCGGCCCUGCCGGCCCUGUGCCCAUGCAGCCCGUGUCCUCUGCCCGCAGUGCCGCGGCUUUGUGGCGUCACGCCCGCCUCGCCGAGCGCUCGGACGCUGUGCGGAGGACCCCGGGGGAGCCGCCUGUCCGGUGGUUCUGGCUCUCACUGGGCCUGCUUCCCGUGCUGGAUCCCCUCCUGCUCGCCGUGCUGAGGGGAGGCUCCGUGACUGGCCUCAGAUGCUACCUGCUAGGCUGAAGACUUCCCAGUCGAAUGUUUAGAACUUUUAAAAUGUGCUUAGGACCAAAUGCAAGUAAAGUAAAUGGCACAAGGCCUCCAUCCUCUGCUUUCGCCAGGACCGCCCAGCAGAGCGGAGGGCACAGGCCCAGACCCAUGGUGAAAUCAAGUUUCUCCAAUGUUUGUUAUAAAAAGACUCACAGUUAUGUCUAUAAUAAGUCCUGUUCACAGUAACAGGUGACCUAGGUCUUAGAAAUCAGAACCCUUCCUAAAGCCUCUGGGGAGUCCUGUCUUGGGGACCGGCAGCAAGGACAGAGCCGGGCGGCGCAGCCUGAGGGGUUCUCACGGAGGACACCCCAGGUCCAGGACGGGAGAUCCAGGGGCUUGUGCAGCCCUGUGGAGAUACCCCACCAGCAGCAGGUGCACAGCGGCUUUCGAAGCACAGAGCCAGGAGAGGUGGCAAGCGUGGCACCUGCCUGAGUCUGGAGGGGCUCCGAGGAGACCUCACUGGCUGUGCCAGCCAGGGGACCCUGCGAGGGACACAACGCAGCCUUGCCUGACACUACCCGCGAGUCAGCUGCAGAGCCAGGAAGGCCCGUGGACCCCAGGCCCGGGCACCCACCAUACCACACGUGGCCUUGUCCGACCCAGUCCUGAGCGGAGACCUGACACCAGCCCCCACAGUCUGCUCGCCUGCCAUGGGGACCCCGUGACGGCCUUGGGCUGGCAGCGCCGCCAACCCCAGGACCGCAGGCCCCGCGGGAGGCGCCCCGCAGCCCUGCUGCAGCCUCCGACACUGCAUGGCCCGGGCCCUGCUCCACGGUGACUGGUCACGGUGGGCGGGGGCUGGCUGCAACUUCCAGGGGACUGUCACUGUGGACGCCAAAGCGGCAAAACUGAGAUAAGGUGAAAAAGAGAAAUAAAGCCAACUUUUUACAAGCUG